AUGUCUGAAAUUUACUUGUUUUUGAUAAUGUUCAUUGGAUUAACAAGUUGUCAAAGUGAUUUUAAUCACCUGGCUUUUGUCAUACAGUGGCCUCCCACCCUAUGUGGGUAUUCGGGAGUUCACUGUAAACCGUCGAUCGACACACAGAGGUUUACUAUGCAUGGCAUCUGGCCAGGCAAUAGCACUGGCCAUAGUCUGGAGUGCAGCUUGCCGCCACAGCAUAGUGAGGACUACGUCAAAGAUGUGUGGGAGAAGGACGCCAAUCGUGCAAAGCAGCUCCACGAUCACUGGCCUACUUUUCUAUUAACGAAUACAGAUGAGGAGUUCUGGAUGCAUGAAUGGGAGGUGCACGGCUACUGCACUAAACAAACACUUCCAGCUGCCGACUACUUUCAAGGAGCGAUGAGAGUUGCGGUUGCGGGCAAAGGAAAAGGACUUUUAGCAAGAGUUAGGGACGAGUUUUUAACUGCCGGCAUAUUCUCCAAAUAUGACGAAACCGCUUACAAAAUGACUGACCUACUAAUACCUCUUGGUAAAGUGACAAGCAAAAAAAUCUACAUCUCUUGUACGCCCAAGGAUGAUUUUUUCGCGUAUUUGAAGGACAUUCAUUUCUGUAUGGACAAAACGAUGAGGAGAUUUGUCGACUGCCCGGCGGCUAACCUAGACACCCGAGGUUGUGGUCCAAUUUACAGACAAAGAAAAAUCAUCGUUCCCCUCAGGAAGGAUAUCUAUUGA